AUGAUAUAUUUAAUAAUCACCUUUUCUAUAUUAUUAUACACAACAGCUAUCAAUUUAGUCUAAGAUAAAAAAUGUACUUGUAAUCAAAUUGUGAACUAAUAGGCAUGCCAAUUAAAUUAAAAUUGCUUAUGGAACAAUACAAGUUGUUAAAAUAAAAGUUGUUCAGAAAUCUAUUAUAAAUCUUAAUGUAUAAAUAAUUUAGGAUGUUUCUUUAAUAAUAGUGCUAACAGUUGUUAAAAAUUAACAAAUUGUAAUUAAAUAAAUACAACAUCAACUUCAGAUUGUGCUUCAUAAUCAAAAUAUUGUGGAUUAUAUAAUACAACAUCAAAGGAAUGUUAUAGUUUAACUAUUACAGCUUGUAGUUCAUAUACAGUAUAAUAAGAAUGUCUCUAUUCUAAUUAAGAUUAAUUGUGCUACUGGACUAACUCACAAUGUUAAGAUUUUAAUUGUUAAUUCUUAGGAAAUCAAUCAUAAUGUAACUUAUAUUCUAUAUAUUGUACUUGGGAUUUUAACAAUACAUAAUGUAUAGCAGCUACUUGUGAUAAUAAACCUACUUCUGAAUGCACUUUUGUUUUAUAAAAAUAGAGCAGCCAAAAUCAAACAACUUUAUAACCUUGUUUUAUUGAUUAAUCAAAGAAACCAGCGUUAUGUAGAGAUGCUACAGUCUCUGAUUUAUCACCUUUUGAAUGCACUUUAAAUACUUUUAAUUAUGCUACAUGGAAUGAUGAAAGCUUAGAGACUGGAAGUUGUUAAUAUUGUUAUGCUUAUCUAAUUAAUAUUCUUAGUCUAGCUUUAUUAAUAAUGAUUCAAUGA